AGUUGGUAGUUGACUUCUUUCCACUUUUAGCCACCUACCAUCUUUAUCUCACUUCUUUAACUUUCAUAUAAACAAAAAUCAGCAACCAUUCUCCGAUCAUAACAACCGGCAAAAAAUGGAAGUAAUCAUCCACGAAACCACCACAAUCUUCCCUUCUAAGCCGCCUUUCUCCGAAAAUCAUGUCCUCCCUCUCUCCCACCUUGAUACCGACCGCAACCUCAAUCUCACUUUCCGUUACCUCCGUGUCUACGUCAACCACACAACACAACAAUUGGACCCAUAUGAAGUUCUCACCUCCUCCCUUUCCGCCGCUCUCGUCCCCUACUACCAAUUCACCGGCUGUCUCCGUCGUCGUCCGUCGGACAACCGCCUAGAACUUCACUGUCAAGUAGGGAGUGGCAUUCCUGUAAUUCUGUCCACAGUUGAUUGUACCUUGGCCUCUAUUAACUACCUGGAUGAUCCAGAUUAUGAGUUUGCUGAGAAGUUGGUACCCGACCCGAGAGAUGACGAGGCAUUGAACCGACCUUUGAUUCUGCAGCUGACCCGGUUUAAGUGUGGUGGGUGGGUUUUCGGAACGGCGGUUCACCACGCGAUGUGUGAUGGCAUGGGAUCCACGCUGUUUUUCCAUGCUAUGGCGGAGAUUGCUCGUGGAGGAAAUGGGAUGAAGGUUGAACCGGUUUGGAACCGGUCGAGUUUGCUUGGACCGAAGAACCCACCGCAAGUUGAGUUCCCGGUUCAUGAGUUUCUGAGUUUAGAUAAGGAUUUAUCGCCGUAUUUGGAGUCAGGUAAACCGGCGGUUCGAGAGUGCUUUGAGGUGAAGGAUGUGUGGUUGGAUCGGCUUAAGGGGUUUCUAAAUGAGCAGUCCGGUUUAAAGUAUACAACUUUUGAAGCUUUGGGAGCUUUCAUUUGGCGAGCAAAGGCAAAGGCUUCUAAAAUCCCAGGUGCUGAGAUAGUGAAGUAUGCCUAUCUAACCAAUAUCAGAAGAACAGUGAAGCCAGCAUUGCCAGCAGGAUACUGGGGCAAUGGUUGUGUGCCAAUAUACGUGCAGCUCCUUGCAAAAGACCUCAUCAAUCAACCUAUUUGGAAAACAGCAGACGCGAUCAAGAAGAGCAAGAGCAUCAUCACGGAUGAGUAUGUUCGUUCGUUAAUUGAUUUCCAGGAGCUGCAUUAUGAUGAAGGGAUUACAGCAGGGAAUAGGGUGAGUGCAUUUACAGAUUGGCGGCACGUAGGCCACGAGACAGUUGAUUUUGGAUGGGGAGGUCCUGUGACUGUCUUCCCUCUGUCUAGGCACUUAGUUGGGAGUGUUGAACCUUGCUUUUUCUUGCCUUAUUCUUCUGCUACUGAAGGUAAGAAAGAUGGUUUCAAAGUUUUGGUUUGUCUGCAAGAAGAAGCCAUGCCUGUUUUCAAGGAAGAGAUGAAACAAUUGGAGCAUGGCCUUUCUUGAUUUACUAUAUAUACAGGUCCUCUAUAGGGAUAUUAUGUAAUAUUACCAUGAGCAUAAAUUUUGUGGAGGGCAGAAAUAGCAAUAAACUAAGACAAAAUAAUUAUGACUUAAUUUGUAACUUAAUUUCUUUUCUUUGCAAUAGCAAAGUUUUUCACAGUCAUAUUGCAAUAAGCUUGUUUAAUUUCUUACGUUA